UUAAAUUUAUUAUAGAAAAGUGAUACCACUAAGACUGGUGAAGAAAGUAGAAUUGGACAAACUGUUAUCUCAAACUGUAGAAACUGUGAAGUCAGAGAAAUCAAAACCACCAUCAAGACCCCAAACUGCAGAAAAACAACCGAAAAAGAACUAUAAGUUUGAAGUUGGUACCAGUGUGUGCAUACGGAAAAAGUUUAAUGAGCUUUUAAAAGAACAAGAAGACCAUGGGGGUUGGAAUAAUGAAAUGCUUCAGGUGUUAUACGCAGUGGGGGAGGUAGAUGGAUACGAUGAAGAUGGAGAUAUUAAGAUUAUGUAUGAAAAUGGAAAACUAUGGACAAUGAAUCCCGAGUUGUUAGAAGAAGCAACUAUGGCUGAAAUCAAAGCUGGUGUUCUCAAUCCUGUUACAGCGACUAAGAUUAAACAUCAGAUUGGUGAUGAAGUGACAGUAAGUUUACCUUUGGAGAGAGUGAAGUCACUUCAAGCAGACCAUGGUGGAUGGAAAGAUGAUAUGAGUGAAAUUCUCAGCACAACUGGGAUAGUAAUGGGAAUGGACCAAGAUGAAGAUUUGGUCGUAAAAUAUGAAAGUGGGAAAACCUAUUUCCUCAACCCAGACUUGUUUAAAUCAAGCACAAAAUCAAAUCAUUCAUCUGUGCAAACUGAAUGUGAAUACAAGAUUCGAGAAUGGGUUCGUGUAUCUUCCGACAAAGAGCACGUCAUCAAUCUACAAGAAGACUCUGGCCUUACCACCAAACUAUCCACGAUUCUUGGAAAGACAGUGCGUGUAUCUGACGUCAAAUCUACACGAAUUAUAAAUGUUAAGUUUCGAGGUGAUGAUUACAGCUUAGACACCCGUGUUGUUACCAAGCCUCGUUGACCGAACUUACAAUUCAAGCCAACAGUUCAAAAACAAUGUUUUUCUUUGCCCAGCAUUGUCCAUUUUUAUAUCGCGAUUAUUUUAAAAUCGUGUUGGAAUUUUAUUUGUUUCAAGCUGUUGUUUUUAAUUUUGUUCCAAUUUUGAUGAUAUGUGUUUUUCUAAUGUUAUGUUAAUUGCACUCGUAAGUAUCGUCGUAUUAAAUAAAUUCGCCGUUUCGCUA